AUGGCGGAGCACGUCGCCCGCGACCCGUCGCCGCACGCGGCGACGCCGUCGGCGGCGCAGCUCAGCGUCGAGGAGCAGCAGAUCAUCGCGGAGAUCCAGGAGCUCCAGCGCCACCUGCGCGAGCUCAAGGCGGACCAGGACGAGCAGGAGGUGCCCGAGGUGAAGGAGAAGGCGCGGCCGCGGCGCGUGCUCAUCGUCGCGAAUCGCCUGCCGAUCCGGUGCUCGCGCGACGCGCGCACGGGCCGCUGGUCCUUCGACGACGCGCCCGGGGGGUUGGCGACGGCGUUGAGGGGCAUCUCCAUGGAGGUGCAGUUCGUCUGGGUCGGCUGGGUCGGCUGCGACGUGCCGCCGCAGGAGCGCGCGCGCGUCGCGGAGCGGUUGAUGCGCGAGCACGGCUGCUUCCCCGUCUUCCUCGAGCCCCAGCUCGUGGAGAACUAUUAUAAUGGCUUCUGCAAUGAUGUGUUGUGGCCCCUGUUCCACUACGUGCCCCUGCCCAUGUACCAGGCGGGCGCGGAGAAGAAGUUCGACGCGCAUCUCUGGGACGCGUACACCGAGGCGAACCGCCGCUUCGCGGAGGCGGUCAUGGAGGGCGCGGACGUCGUGUGGGUCCACGACUACCACUUGAUGCGGCUGCCGCUGGAGCUGCGACGGUUGGAUCCGCGCGUCGCCGUGGCCUGGUUUCUGCACACGCCCUUUCCGUCGUCCGAGAUCUACCGCAUCCUGCCCUACCGGCGGGAGCUGUUGGAGGGGCUGCUGCACGCGGAUUUGGUCGGGUUUCAUACCUACGACUACGCGCGCCACUUCCUCUCGGCCUGCUCCCGGGUGUUAGACGUGUCGACGACGACGCCUAAGGGCAUCGAGUUCGGCGGCCGCUUCUGCUCCAUCGGCGUCUUCCCCAUCGGCAUCGACCCGCUGUUGAUCCGGAACACGCUCCGGUCGCGCGCGGUCAAAAAGCGGACGGGCGAGCUCGGCGACACCUUCGAGGGGCGCAAGAUCAUCAUCGGCGUGGACCGCCUGGACUACAUCAAGGGCAUGCCCCACAAGCUCCUGGCCUUCGAGCUCUUCCUGUCGCGGAACCCGUCGUGGGUCGGCAAGGUCACGCUCAUCCAGGUCGGCGUGCCGACGCGCGUCGACGUCGCCGAGUACCAGACGCUGGCCAAGCACGUCAACGAGCUCGUGGGCCGCAUCAACGGCUACAGCCCCAUCCACUACAUCAACCAGUCCAUCCCCCAGGACGAGCUCAUCGCGAUCUACCAUUUGGCGGACGCGUGCCUCGUGACGUCCGUGCGCGACGGCAUGAAUCUGGUGUCCCACGAGUACGUCGCGGCCCAGGAGGACCCCUUCGCCAAGGACGGGCCCGGCGCGCUCGUGUUAAGCGAGUUCGCGGGGUCGGCCCAGUCCCUGAGCGGCGCCAUCCGCGUCAACCCCUGGAACACGGAGGAGCUCGCGCGCGCGAUCCACGAGGCUUUGACGUUGACGCGCGUCGAGCGCGAGCUCCGCUGGGCGAAGCUCCACCGCUACGUGACGACGAACACGGCGUCCUACUGGGCGCGGUCCUUCGUGUCCGAGUUCCGCGACGUCUGCGAGCACCCGCCCUUGCUCUCCAAGCUGCCGAAGCUCAACGCCGCAGAGUUCCGAAGUUUGGUGGGGACCCCCCAAACCAGCGGUCGAAUUCCACGCAGGUUGGUCGUGACGGACUACGACGGCACGCUGACGCAGAUCCAGUCGCUGCCCCAGCUGGCGACGCCCGCGCCCGUCGUGACGCAGCUGCUGGCGACGCUGGCGCGCGACACGCGCAAUACGGUCUACGUGAUGAGCGGCCGCGAGCGGCGGUUCAUGGACAAGUGGCUCGGCAAGCUCAAGGUCGGCCUGGCCGCGGAGUUCGGCUACUGCCACCGGGCGCCCGACGACGAGCAGGGCGUCUGGAAGUCGCUGGGCCGCGAACUGGACACGUCGUGGAAGGACGUCGUGCGGCCCAUCAUGCAGUACUUUGCGGAGCGGACGCCGGGCACGUACAUCGAGUCCAAGGAGAGCUCGCUGGCCUGGCACUACCGGGACGCGGACCCCCACUUCGGCGCGUGGCAGGCCAAGGACAUGCAGAUCCACAUGGAGGACGUCAUGUCGAACCUGCCGCUGGAGAUCAUCCAGGGCAACCGCCUCGUCGAGGUCCGCCACGUCGGCGUGAACAAGUCGCUCGUGCUGGAGGAGGUGCUGCGCAUGGGGCCCCGGGGCGAGACGGCCGACGUCGACUUCGACUUCGUGCUCUGCGUCGGCGACGACCGCUCCGACGAGGACAUGUACCAGCUGCUCAAGGCGUGGCACGCGCGGCGCGCGGAGCACGACGCGGACAAGGGCGGCGACGACGCGCCGGCCCAGCUCUACCUCGUCCACAUCGGCACGGGCGCGACGCAGGCCGAGUACUACCUCGAGUCCGUCAUCGAGCUCCGCAAGCUCCUCCGCGGCAUGGCCUCCAUCAGCCUCCGCGACCUCCGCGGCGCCCCGCGCGCGUUUUAACACCGCUGUUCGCUC